GAAUAAACUCAUUUUUUAAAAGGAAACUAUUUCUAAACAAUAUAAUGUGCUUUAACAUGAAAAGUUUUAUAAACAUUUCUCUUAACAUGCUAAUAUUGUCCUAAAAGAAGAGAAAUGACUAAUAUGUGAAGGUGGAAAAGUAACGGGUAACGGAAACAAAAUCAUUUCAGAAUUAAGACUCAUGUUCCAAUUUUUAAGAGGAUUUGCUACUUUCUUGGGUGAUAGAAGAUAAUUAUGCAUAGUUGCACAAGUAUAAUUAUACAUAAUUACAUAUGCAGUGCUUGGUGUCAUCUUAAUGUAUUUUUCCCCAAAUACAGAUGGCAGGGAAUGAAGUGAACUGCAUAUUUAUACAUUUCUUUCUCCAUCUCUGUCCCUGUCCUCAUACCAUAGAAGGAAGCAUCUUAGUCCAAAUGGCACUAGGAUUCAGAAAUUAUUGUGAGAGUCUAAUAUUGUGAUUAAGCUUGGUUCUGGAUUCAAGUUGCCCACACUAAUUUCUGAUUACCUUGCUACUUCUCUUGUUGCAAAAUACUACGUCCCUGAACAUUGACUAAAAUCAUUCUGGAUAAAGGAGAACUCAGUGUAGAGUGGACUUGUGUUAUAUUUCAGUGCUCUUCCCAACAGAGACUGUAUUAUAAGCAUUUGUCACUGAGACUGUGAUUCAGUCCUUUAGAAUAAUAAGGAUAAUAUUAAUAAGAAUCUAGAAUACAUUUGUGGGACUCAAAGACAUUAAAUGUUGACAGUUACCUACUUUUUCGGUGCUCACCCCCUCCCCCUUUGCAACAAGGCAUCUCUGGAAACCACAGGAUAAAGCAGGUUUUUGUAAAUUGAAUCACUUUUCCCCCUAUGAAUGAUUUAAUAAUUGGCCUAGUGUUCCAAACCAAAUGCUUUGCUUUCAAAAAAGUUACAGAUAAAACCCAUAAACGAUAGGUCAUAAAAGCAAAAGGACAAUAAAUGUUUGUUUUAAAAAACAUGCAUUUACUAAAAUUCUGUAAGUUUUGGCUACAUAGAGUGCAGGAGGUCCCUGGGUGCUCUGCAGGAAAGCUCUAACCAGUCAAGCUGCCCCAGCCAGUCCCAUCCACACAAGGACCCUUGAGAGACAUUGCUGAAGGGAUUACCAGGGACUAAGACCCAGGCAGGGUUCAGGCUGGGUGAACUCACAAGUAAGUGCCUGUUCUUUGGAAACCAGAUUUUACAUUCUCUGCCUCCUUGACGCUUUGCUUUGAUCAGACAACCUCUUUCUCCAUCUUAAAUGCUGUAGAACUCAGCCCUAAUAACUUGCAGUUACAGUCUUGCUCUUUUGGGGCAAUGCUGGCCUGAGUUAGCCAGGAGAUUCCUUAGUGAAGCCACCAGGUGGCGCAAAAGCACAGCAGUGGUCUCCCAACCAGUCCCUGAACGCUUGGUGGACAGCUGCCCGGACACCCCAUGACAUCACAGCCCCCUGAUGAGCCUGCGGAGUUUGAAGUUGUAGGACUAAGAUAGCGGCCCUCAGGGACUAGCAGCAUCCUAAGAUGCCCAACUGCCGCCUCGUUAAAAGGGAUUUGCCUGCUGUUCAUGGCAGAUGGGUUUUUAUCCAGUAUCUCAUCUUCUGACCCUCAUUACCAAUAUUUUUCCUUAUGCCAUCCUAAAAGUCUUUUAAGGAGGGCAUAGCAACCUAUACAUCCAGCACUUUCUUUCUGCCUUAACAUGGAAAUGCAGGAAAGAAUCCACCGGAAAUGGAAAAUCUGAAUUAAGAUUGACUGUAAAAACAGCAGCAAUAAUAAUGUAUUUGGGAAUGAAAAGUGUACAUAAUUAAAAUACGUGCCAGUAUCAGCACAGAGAGGCUAGGCCAGUAAGUGGAGUCCAAGUGAACCAGCAUUGGUGGGAAGUUGUACAGAGCUAUCUGGGGAAGUUUGAUCUGAUUCUUGAUGUGUUUCUCAGGUAGAAUCUUCUAGAAUCAUUUUGCAACUUUUGCAUUUAAGUAGCCAUUUCUGGAGCUAUAUGUUGAAAGGUGUUGUUGAGACUUCUGUUUUAAUAGUAGAAAGCAUGCAAGUCUCUUGAACAAUUUUUUUCUCUUUAUCUCUAAAAUUUCCCUUCUUGCUCCAACAAAUAUCAAGAGAAUUUUGAAAGGGAAAAGAAGCCAAAGUAGGGCAGUCUAUAUGGCUGCCAAUACUUGAAGCAAAAACUUUGAGGCAGUUGUUGGCUUACUCUAUUGAUGGGCAGGUGAGCAUCUUUUUCAGACGACUCAUUCGUCACAGGUGCAGAGAAGAACACCAGCGUCCCGCCCGUGUGUGUGUUCAGGGUUGGCACUGUGCUGCCUCUCUAGGAUAUUUUUGGUGAAAUGACACCAAGCAUGCAUGGCAUGCGCUGUCUUCAUCUUUGGUUUUACAUUGUAGCUAUCUUAAAGUUGUAGCUGUGCACAGAAAAAAGAAAAACAUUAGCCUUGGAAAGCUCUCUCAUAGAACCCAGAAAAUCAGAUGUCAGGCUUUGUUUUCUGUCAUUGCACCAAGCACAGUAAAUCACGGGACAGGCCUCCUGCCUAGUGGGCUCUUCACAUUGAUCAGGGAGGAGGCCAUCUCCACUUCAGUUUAGUGUCAUCUUCUGCAAAGUGAGGCACGGAGAGAUCAAGAAGUCCUGCUUACGGUACUCGCAGAUCUUUCCUUCCCUGGCCCACCUUUGCUGUCUGGCUGCACUGGGAAAGGUCUCACGCAGGUGCAGGGGGCCUGUAGGGGCAGCCCUGCCAUGUGCCCUCACCGCCAGAGGUCGGGAACCGGCCCCAUUCUUUACCACUGCUGCAGGGCAUGUGCAUGUGCUGUCACCGCCUUUUCCAUCUGUCUGGUGACUUACAUGCGUGGUAUGUUACUCCCUUCUUGCCGCAGCACGGAGGAGUAGUGAGAGCUGGGGAACAGUCCCGUUUCAGGAGCACCCUCAGCCCGCUGUGGACGCCAUCUGAAGAGGGGACAUGCGGAUAAUUGGGCUUUUAAAACAGUUUGAUAUUUGUAAAGGAAAUAUUUUAAAGGGAAACUUUUGAAAACAAAUGAACUAGGGUUUAUCACCAUGACGAUACUUGAGCUUUGUUCUCAUCUUGUAUUUUUUGCUGUCAUUCAUUUUAGCUCCAGACAGAAUUUCUCGGGCAUGGUUACUGAGGACCGGGUGAGGAGCCAGGUUUCUUCUACUCCCGGUUUUCCGAACUCCACAUUCCUAUUGGGCAUCCUUUGCUGUGCCCAAGGAGGGGACAUUGAUCUCCUGUUAGAGUUGAAUCUGUUUUCUGGUCGCUAGGGGGCGCUCCUGACCAAGGCAUGUGUGUUAGGAACCCGCAGGCUGGUGGUGCUUGUAUUGAAUAUAAAGGACAGCUCUCACGUGCCUGAGAAGGGGGAGUACUUAGCCUCCUAUGUGGGGUGAUUUUAAAAGUUUCAGGAGAACCCUUCCCUGACCCGAAUCUUCCUCCUUCUGUUUUUAGGUUAAAAUCCACAGGAAUUUAGUUCCCUUUAAAAUAUGGCUGCUAUAGAAGGAGACAACUUGUUAAACAGUGUCAGUCAUUCACCUCUCAGUGUAUCAUGCAGACUCUCAUGGCCUCCUCUCUUUGCCAAGAGACUUUCAAGCAAAGUGGCACCAUCUAACAGGGGCAGUGAUGCACAGUGGACAAGGACAAGGAAAUCCGAGGGACUUGUGACAUAAAAGUGCAUCAGUUUUGAGACUAAUACAGCAUAGCUUUUACAAGCGCAGCCUCUGAGGCCAGACUGCCUGGUUUCGCAGCCCAGCUCCGUUGCUCAUUGGCUUUGUGACCUUGGACAGUUUACCUAACCUUCCUAUGCCCCAUCAGUAAGUUGCAUGUAGCAGUAACUGUUGCUCCUACCUAGGCUUGUUGUGGAGAUCAACGCGGUAACAGACGUCUGGCACUGAGCAGAUUUUAAUAAAUUCUUACUGUAGAUACUGCCAUUUGGAUCUGAUGGCUGACAUGAGUCCAGGGAAUACAUUAAGCCCCCUGCCCCAGAUGACUGAGACUUCUCCAUUUGACCAUAACCAGGUGGGUCAGAGAGUAGAAAUUCAAAAACAGCUAGUCCAGAGGGUAGCAUGUCCCAAAGUCCAUGCAUUCUAGAGAAUUUUCUUAAGAGUUCUUAGCAGGGCAGGACUUUAAUAUGCCUCUCUAAUGAAGAAAGAGAUGAUUUUUUUUUCCACUGCAGUUUUGCUACUCAGGGACUCGCAUGCAGGCACAUGGCAAAGCCUGUCCUUAUGGGUGCAGUGUGUCAUAGGUGCUUGCUCCUGUGAGGGUUUUCAGAGGUGAGUGGGGCUCAAAACCAUAACAGACAUUAAAUCAGUUUUACUGUGUGCAACAGAAGCACUUUUUAGUCAGAUAACUUCAUCAUUUAAUAACCUUUGACGGUGCCUUGGACUUAGGCGCGGCAGUGCCAGGUCAGCAUGGGCUGAGCAGCUGUGGGGUUCCCGCACCUAUAAUGGGUAGUUGUGAGCAUCUAGCACUUUCCCCUUAUGAUUUCCCAUAGCUGCCUGGACUUGUGAGUUAGCCCUUAGUGGCAUCAUGUCAAGGAAGACUGGAGAACAGUGCUGGCUGUUCUGGGGUGCAGGCAAGCGGGUGAAGGACUGGCCAGUUCAGAGACCCGGACCUGCUUCCUGCUGGUCCUGCUUUUGAUAGCCAUUGAACAGCUACAUGUAAAGUCAGCUGCCUUCUAUUUUUAUCCCUUUUGCUGAGACAGGGUGCCGUUUGCAAUACUUUUUAUUUCGUUUCCCAUUUUUUUCCCAAGUGGUCACCAUUUGUCCAGCUGCCCUCUGUAAUUCUGAACUCGGUGUGAUGUGACCUGGGGAGAGGAGGUGUGAUCACGAUGUCCAGACUCGUACAUGUUUGUUUCAUGUCUGCAAGGAAGUAAUUUAUACGCCAGGAGCUGGCUUCGUGGCGUGGGAUUCUAAUUCUGGGGAUGGCAUUUUGUCUGUGUAGGAAGACUGUCAAAACCUUUCCAAUGGGAAGGGACAAGAACCAAUUUGAGAAUCACAUGGUUAUAUAAGAACUGUCCCUGUGCGGGCAUCUCGGCACACUUCCUGUACUUGUUCAUUCUGAAGAGGAGAGAAGGAGGAGCAGGAAGAAUUUUGCACGAACUCUGCACAUCUACUAACUUUCCAAUGAGAAGUGACGCACACUCCCGAGAGGGUGCUCGGGACGACACAGUUGCAAGGAAUCAUGUGAACCCUGCCAUGGACUUCACCCAGACUCCUCCUGGCAUGCUGGCUCUGGACAACAUGCUGUACUUUGCUAAGCACCAUCAGGACGCGUACAUCCGGAUUGUGCUUGAGAACAGUAGCCGAGAAGACAAGCAUGAAUGUCCCUUUGGCCGAAGCAGUAUAGAGCUGACCAAGAUGCUGUGUGAGAUCUUGAAAGUGGGCGAGUUGCCUGGUGAGACCUGCAACGACUUCCACCCGAUGUUCUUCACCCACGACAGGUCCUUCGAGGAGUUUUUCUGCAUCUGCAUCCAGCUCCUGAACAAGACAUGGAAGGAAAUGAGGGCAACUUCUGAAGACUUCAACAAGGUAAUGCAGGUGGUGAAGGAGCAGGUUAUGAGAGCGCUUACAACCAAGCCUAGCUCUCUGGACCAGUUCAAGAGCAAACUGCAGAACCUGAGCUACACCGAGAUCCUGAAAAUCCGCCAGUCUGAGAGGAUGAACCAGGAAGAUUUCCAGUCUCGCCCGAUUUUGGAACUAAAGGAGAAGAUUCAGCCAGAAAUCUUAGAGCUGAUCAAACAACAACGCCUGAACCGCCUUGUGGAAGGGACCUGCUUUAGGAAACUCAACGCCCGGCGGAGGCAAGACAAGUUUUGGUAUUGUCGGCUUUCGCCAAAUCACAAGGUCCUGCACUAUGGAGACUUGGAAGAAAGUCCUCAGGGAGAAGUGCCCCACGAUUCCUUGCAGGACAAACUGCCAGUGGCAGAUAUCAAAGCCGUGGUGACGGGAAAGGACUGCCCUCAUAUGAAAGAGAAAGGUGCCCUUAAACAAAACAAGGAGGUGCUUGAACUUGCUUUCUCCAUCUUGUACGACUCAAACUGCCAGCUGAACUUCAUCGCUCCCGACAAGCAUGAGUACUGUAUCUGGACGGACGGGCUGAAUGCGCUGCUUGGGAAAGACAUGAUGAGCGACCUGACUCGGAAUGACCUGGACACCCUGCUCAGCAUGGAAAUCAAGCUCCGCCUCCUGGACCUGGAAAACAUCCAGAUCCCAGACGCGCCCCCGCCCAUCCCCAAGGAGCCCAGCAACUAUGACUUCGUCUAUGACUGUAACUGA